AACCACUACUGAGUUUAUCAUGUCUGGAAGAGGAAAAGGAGGAAAGGGGCUCGGUAAAGGAGGCGCUAAGCGUCACCGGAAGGUGCUCCGUGACAACAUCCAGGGCAUCACCAAGCCCGCCAUCCGCCGCCUGGCUCGCCGCGGUGGAGUGAAGCGUAUCUCCGGCCUGAUCUACGAGGAGACCCGUGGUGUGCUGAAGGUGUUCCUGGAGAACGUGAUCCGUGACGCCGUCACCUACACCGAGCACGCCAAGAGGAAGACGGUGACCGCCAUGGAUGUGGUGUACGCUCUGAAGAGGCAGGGCCAGAGAGCGUUACUACUUUUCCACAGAGAAGCAGACUUCGCUAAGAUGGCAAGAACCAAGCAGACCGCCCGUAAAUCCACCGGAGGAAAGGCUCCCAGGAAGCAGCUGGCCACCAAGGCUGCCCGUAAGAGCGCCCCGGCCACCGGCGGCGUGAAGAAGCCUCACCGUUACAGGCCCGGUACCGUGGCUCUGAGGGAGAUCCGUCGCUACCAGAAGUCCACCGAGCUGCUGAUCCGCAAGCUGCCCUUCCAGCGCCUGGUGAGGGAGAUCGCUCAGGACUUCAAGACCGACCUGCGCUUCCAGAGCUCCGCCGUCAUGGCUCUGCAGGAGUCCAGCGAGGCCUACCUGGUCGGCCUGUUCGAGGACACCAACCUGUGCGCCAUCCACGCCAUGUCUGGAAGAGGAAAAGGAGGAAAGGGGCUCGGUAAAGGAGGCGCUAAGCGUCACCGGAAAGUGCUCCGUGAUAACAUCCAGGGCAUCACCAAGCCCGCCAUCCGCCGCCUGGCUCGCCGCGGCGGAGUGAAGCGUAUCUCCGGUCUGAUCUACGAGGAGACCCGUGGUGUGCUGAAGGUGUUCCUGGAGAACGUGAUCCGUGACGCCGUCACCUACACCGAGCACGCCAAGAGGAAGACGGUGACCGCCAUGGAUGUGGUGUACGCUCUGAAGAGGCAGGGCCGCACCCUGUACGGCUUCGGAGGAUAGACUGACCCGCUGACCGAACACACAACGGCUCUUUUAAGAGCCACCCAACUCACUAACAGAGCUC